AAUGUCCCGAGGUCAGUGGCGCGGCAGAGUUGCUUCUGCCGUGUAUCUCAUGCCAGUAGGCCAAGACAUUGCACCGCUCCAGCGCAAUGGCGUUCAGAACGCGAACCCCCUCUCGACACAUGCUGCGCGAAGAGAGCAAUUCAAGUACGCAGUUCGGUGUUCGAAAGAACUGCAGAGAUAUGUCAGAAUGUCAGUUGUCGGAACUGCCCUUCCUUCUACCAGGAAGUAGUAUAACUUUGUUGUACAGCCUGGAGCAUUCCGCGGAUUUGUUGCCUUGUCUACCUAUUGAAACAUGUAUAGCGCUUGGAGGAAUGAUGCAUCAGGUGCUCAGAGCCUUUUCCUUGCCGGUAACAUGCGCUCUCGCGCUCGUAGGUCACAGUCUCCUUGAACCGUCGUGGACCCUAUCGCGAAGGCGAUGUCAGUUGUUCUGAACGCGGUUACGACCCGUCCGAAGGCCCUCCCACGCGGUGUCGUCCGUAUACCUGCGGAACAGCAGUGAUGCUGAUAACGUUGCUUUGAUGAGAAUGUACCUAGCGUCUCGGUACCUUGCCCGAUCCUGGCAGUCAAUCGCAAACUAUUUUGUUCCCAGAACCAAGCCAGGGGAAGAUUCGUGACAUUUCACAGGAGCUUGAGCGUUCAUGAUCCAUUGAUGCUCGUUCAUCCGACCCCUGACCUUUCACAACAACGCCGAUCUGGACGCUCGUCUUGCGCGCAAGGUCUGAGCGCGACACCGAACGUCAAGCAUGGGCUAUACCUAGCGUCCACUACGAGAUUGACGAAACAUGAGUGCAGAUCUGCGGAUGCCAU